AAGGAUCAACAACUCCAUGCGAAGAUGACUUGUUUAGUUUUCAUCCAAUCAAAUUGUUGCCUCAUCAUCAAUUCAACCAAACGCCCACGUGGAAAAUAAUGUGGCAAAAAGAGAAAACAUGUCAAAGAGGGCCAAGUGUAAGUACUCUCUUAUAUCCAUGCACAAAACCCUUGUGGAAGCCUCCAUCUAUUUUGUCAAACUCCCGCAUCCUAAAACUCAACAUCAAAUAAGCAUCUCAGAGCAUUGAAGUGAACGUCUAAGAGCUUGGCCAGGGAAAACAUCACGACCAGUAAUGAUAGUGGCAUCUCUACAUGUGCACCUAUCCCUUAGUAAACAAUUGGGUGAGUUAUAAAUUUAAAUCAUAUUUGAAUAAUGUUUGUUCUCCUUCUUUACACAUCCAUGUUAUUUGAUUUGUAUUGUAAUAAUGAUCAAAUUAAACCCAAGAAAAAUCAAUAAAGAAGAUGAAACCUCAAAUGGAAGAGUUUUCAAGACAUUUCACAUGAUCUCUUUAUAAGUUUGUUAGUGCAUUAGGUUUUUCAUGCAUUUUAUUUUAUUUGUUUUGCACUAAAAAUCAUUUAUGAGUUAUUUUGUUUAAAAUAUUUUAUAAUUGAAUGAUUUCUUAUUAUCAACUAAAAUCUUACGCUAAAUACUAUUUAAAAUUUGUUUAAAAUGUUUUAAGUUUUAAAAAAUGGUUGUUGAUUAAAAAAUUUGUUCAAUAAAUCAAGGGUGAAUUGAAUCGACUCAAUUGGUUGGGUCACUAGUUGAUUAUCAUUUCCUGGUCAAAGCCUCUCUUCCUAAUGUUGUGUUCUUGGUUGAGGUACCUAGUCGAGAUCCAAUUGAACCCUAACAAUUACAUACGAAGCAUUUGCCCAAUGGCUAGUAAAUCGAUCGAACCACCGAAAAAACCCUUUAAUGUAGCUAACAAGUAAUUUGAGUUUCCUUUCCUUAUUUAAAGGCUUCGAUCUUCAUUGUUUUUAAGAGUUUAAUCUUCCUAAACUUUUCUUAAAUAUAUUUAAGUUUUGAGGGAGUGUUUUUUAAUGGACCUUGUUUUAAAACUUGUAUAUCAUUAAUGUACAAUUUAAUCAUAGUUUUAUCUUUGUAUCAUGUAAGUCUAGAUUUUAUACUAGAAUUUGGUGAGAAUUAAUGUUUCUUAUCUUUAUUUGUAAAUAUUUGAGAAAAAAAAUCUAAGUGUAAAGUAUUACUAAGGGAUUCUUAAGUAUAGGUAUCACUGAAAGGAUUAUUUAAGAGUAGAGUAUCUUUUAAGGAUUAUAAAGGAUGUUAGGAGCAAAAAGUGUAAAAGGAUCCAUUGAAAUUAUAAUUUUAUUAUAUUGAUUAAAGGUGUAGUUUGAAAGUUUUGAAUAAGUGGAACUCCAAAUUUGAGAUAAAAAGUGGAGAUCAAGUUACUUCGAAUUACAAUUGAAAUAUUGCGUUUGUAUUUUCUCUUUUCCAAUCUCUUUAAUCUAUAUAUAAUUUUCAUUAUAUAUUUAUUAAAAUAUAAAUGAUAUGAUUAAAAAAACUAUUUGAUAGUUACUUUUCAAAAUUAUCAUCAAAGUAUAUAAAAUUAAUUAUUUUUUAUUUAUUUUAUCAAAUGGCUUAAAAACCUAUUGUGGAAGUAUUGAUAACGUUUAGCGCAAUUUGUAGCAUAAUUAAUUUUCUUUUAGUGCAUGAAAAAUAUUAUAACGGACAGAAUUAAGAUUGUUAAGAAAAUAAUUAGCAUACCUUAUUUAACUAGAAGUCUAAAACUCACUCCGGGAGAUUUGAAAGGAAGUGACUCUGUAGGAGAGGAAUUACUUUUGACUUUUCAUUGUUUUCGAGAAGUCUAGGGUUAGGGUGAGAGAGAGAGAGAGAGAGAGAGAGAUCGAUUAGGGUUUGAGAGAUGCCGAAGAACAAGGGUAAGGGAGGUAAGAACAGGAAGAGAGGGAAGAACGAAGCGGAUGAUGAGAAGCGGGAGCUUGUCUUUAAAGAAGACGGCCAAGAAUACGCCCAGGUCCUCCGCAUGCUCGGCAACGGCCGUUGCGAAGCCAUGUGCAUCGAUGGAACCAAACGCCUUUGCCAUAUCCGCGGGAAGAUGCACAAGAAGGUCUGGAUCGCCGCAGGUGAUAUUAUCCUCGUCGGUCUCCGUGACUACCAGGAUGACAAGGCUGACGUCAUCCUCAAGUACAUGCCCGACGAGGCUCGCCUUCUGAAGGCCUACGGCGAGCUUCCGGAGAACACUAGGCUCAAUGAGGGUAUUGCAGGCGGCCUUGACGAGGAAGAUGAAGGCGCAGGCGAUGACUACAUCGAGUUUGAGGACGAGGAUAUCGACAAAAUCUAGACGCAUAUCUAGGGCUUGCGAUAUGCCCAACUGCGUUUAUAUAUCGAGUUUUUUCCUUGAUAUUUGAUGUUUGCUUCCAUGUUAUUGGUGGAUACAGGUAUUGCAGUCUCUGAGGCCUCUGGGAUUGCUUGUAAUAUUCAAUCGUACGCAUGCUUAUUUCGGUUUAUGUAUUAAGGUCUAUGGAUGGUGAAUUUGAUGCAAUAAUAGUGAACUUCCUUUUAAUUUCCCCAA